UUGUUCAUUUAACGUCGACCACGUUGAGGCAUUUGCAAGUGACUAGUACUUGUUAAAUAAAAAUUAAUUUUUUAACAUAUCUACUGGAAAAGUAAACACAUUCUGUAUUCACAGAACAUAAAUAUCAGCUUUGAUAAAUUCAUAAUCAAAAACUUGGUUAUUUAAAAGGUAUCGAGAUUUUAAGUCAAGAUGUCAGAUAGCGAACGCAGAAUUGAUGACGAAUCGAAAAAUGGUCUUGGCGACAGCGAAGGGCCCCCAGGAAUGGAGCCAGAUGGCGUGAUCGAGUCCAAUUGGGAGCAGAUCGUCGAGAGCUUCGACGACUUGAACUUGAAGGAUCAGCUUCUUCGUGGUAUCUACGCUUAUGGUUUCGAAAAACCUUCGGCUAUUCAAGCUCGCGCUAUUCUCCCGUGCAUCAAGGGACACGACGUGAUAGCCCAAGCCCAGUCUGGUACUGGUAAAACCGCAACAUUUUCAAUCUCCAUUUUGCAACAAAUCGAUACGUCGAUCAAUGAGUGCCAGGCACUUAUUCUCGCUCCAACUCGUGAGCUUGCCCAGCAGAUUCAGAAGGUAGUCAUUGCUCUUGGAGAUUUCAUGAAUGCACAGUGUCAUGCUUGCAUUGGAGGAACUAACGUGCGUGAUGACAUGCGCAAAUUGGAACAGGGAGUUCAUGUUGUCGUGGGAACUCCUGGUAGAGUUUACGAUAUGAUAAAUCGACGCGCACUGCGUACCAACAACAUCAAGAUGUUUAUUUUGGAUGAAGCUGACGAGAUGUUGUCUCGUGGAUUCAAGGAUCAAAUUCACGAUGUCUUCAAGUUACUUCCGACAGAAGUACAAGUUAACUUGCUGUCUGCUACCAUGCCGACUGAUGUAUUGGAAGUAUCGAAAUGUUUUAUGCGCAACCCGAUUAACAUUCUUGUCAAAAAGGAACAACUGACACUUGAAGGUAUCAAGCAAUUUUACGUCUUCGUUGAGAAGGAAGACUGGAAGUUGGAGACUUUGUGCGACUUGUACGAUACUUUGAGUAUCACUCAGGCUGUAAUUUUCUGCAAUACUCGUCGCAAGGUCGACUGGCUCACUGAGAACAUGAAGAACCGCGACUUUACUGUCUCAGCCAUCCACGGAGAAAUGGAGCAGAAAGAGCGUGACACGAUUAUGAGACAAUUCCGUACUGGAUCUUCUCGUGUUCUCAUCACGACAGAUAUUUUGGCGCGUGGUAUUGAUGUCCAGCAAGUAUCGCUUGUCAUAAAUUAUGAUCUUCCAUCAAACCGUGAGAAUUACAUCCACAGAAUCGGACGUGGUGGUCGUUUUGGACGUAAAGGAGUAGCCAUUAAUUUUAUAACUGAAGAUGAUAAACGCACUCUGAGCGAUAUCGAGCAAUUUUACAACACCCACAUCGAUGAAAUGCCAAUGAACGUUGCAGAUUUGAUCUAAGUCUUGCUAUUGGCUAUAAUUUACUUAGAUAGUUUUAAUUUUUGUAUAUCAAUAUUGAAAAAUAAUCCAUUUAAAUAUAGCUCAAUUUUUCAUUUAUUCAAAUUUGAAUUUUCAAAAAUACGACAAUUUUUAUAUUAUUUUUUACAAAUAAUAUAAACUGUUACUAUUUUUGUAAAAUAACUGAAAAAAAUGGUCAAGUUAUUCUAUAAAUAUAAAAAAAAUAAGUACAGUUUUACAAUCGAUGCUCCAAUAAAUUAUUUAAAUCGCAAUUAUACUGAAUUAUUUCUUCAUAAUUAUUGGUAA